CCCAGGGCAUCCGGAAUUGGUCUUCUCUGGUAUCUUUAGCCCUGGUCUCCGCUUGCUUCCGUCCUCAAAGCCCGCUCCUCCAGGGAGGGGAGAUAGGCAAUAGAGGUUCAGCCUGGGGUUCCGGGCAGACGCUCUGUGCAGCCGCGAACCGCUCGGACCUGAGGGUGUCCGGCCGCCUUCCCUCACUGGCGGACCCUCCUCCUCCCUCGCUUGGCUUCCCGUCUGGCGAUGGCGAGAUUCUGGGUCUGCGCAGCCGGUGCCGGCUUAUUCCUUGCAUUCCUGGUUUUGCAUUCGCGUUUUUGUGGCUCUCCAGUUUUAAGGAACUUUGCUUUUCAAAUUUCCUGGAGAACUGAGAAGAUUCUUUACAGGCUGGAUGUGGGUUGGCCUAAGUAUUCAGAGUAUUUUACUGGAACAACAUUUUGUGUUGCAGUUGACUCCCUCAACGGAUUGGUUUACAUAGCACAAAGAGGGGAUAACAUCCCAAAGGUAUUAGUGUUCACAGAGGAUGGAUAUUUCCUUCGAUCCUGGAAUUAUACAGUUGACACACCUCAUGGUAUAUUUGCAGCCAGUACACUACAUGAACAAUCCGUCUGGAUCACGGAUGUAGGAAGUGGAUCCUAUGGUCAUACUGUUAAAAAAUACAAUUCCUUUGGUGAUCUUGUUCAAAUCUUGGGUACACCAGGCAAAAAAGGCACUGGUUUGAAUCCCCUACAGUUUGACAAUCCUGCAGAAUUAUAUGUAGAGGACACAGGAGAUAUUUACAUUGUGGAUGGAGAUGGAGGAUUGAAUAACAGAUUGAUCAAAUUGUCCCAAGAUUUCAUGAUCCUUUGGCUGCAUGGAGAAAAUGGGACAGGGCCUGCUAAGUUCAACAUACCUCACAGUGUUACAGUUGAUUCAGCUGGUCGGGUGUGGGUUGCUGACCGAGGAAAUAAAAGAAUCCAAGUAUUUGAUAAAGACACUGGAGAGUGGUUAGGAGCAUGGAAUAAUUGUUUCACGGAGGAGGGACCUUCUGCGGUCAGGUUUACUCCUGAUGGGCAGUACUUGAUUGUGGCCCAGCUGAAUCUGAGCAGGCUCUCAAUUUUAGCAGCACCGCCAGUGGGAAGCAUCGGUGACUGUUCUGUGAUCAGCACUAUCCAACUAGCAGACGAAGUUUUGCCGCAUCUCUUAGAAGUUGAUAGAAAGACUGGAGCAAUCUAUGUAGCAGAAAUAGGAGCAAAACAAGUACAAAAAUAUGCCCCUUUAAAUAGCUAUGUUUCUUCAUUUGGUUCAUAAUGUUUUUUUCCUGGAAGUAUUUUAGGCAAUUCAGAUUGUCAGAUUCAUUAAGUACUUAAAAAUGAUGUUGAAGCACAAGAAUUGAUUUGUCUUUACCUGAUGUAAUAUCAGAAAGAUUUGUUUUUAUAUCAUUAAGAAUCAUGUAUUUUGUUGCCAUUCUUGGGACUUAGUUUUACAUAUAAGUGCAGAUGGAUAUUUUAAUGAAGAAAUGUAACUUUUAAAAAUGGGGUUGAAAAGAGGGACAAAAUUUUUAAUCUCCUUGUUUCCCCUGGUAGACUAAUUCCCUGUGGGUAAAAAAAUGGGAAUACAAACGGGUUUGUAGGAUUAUAUAUUGAAUUUCAUGUGA